CCUAUAACGUGUAAAAACUGUUUACUACUGUUAAGUGCACUGUAUUUUCUUGAUUUUUAUAAAUACUGUUAUUAUAUAUAAUUAUUAUAUAUAACGUAAAAAUUUAUAACUUGACGCAGAAUUUAUUAUAAAAUAGAAUGGAAGAAAUGGAUUUAGGAAGCGAUGAAAGUAACGAUAAGAAUUUGCAUGAAAAUUCGGUAAACAGAAAAAUCGAAUCAGAAGUAAUUAAAAAUGAAACUGAAGAAAUUAAAGACGAUGAGUUUGAUGAAGAACAGGAUAAAGAUGAUGAUAGUGAUGAUGAUGAUGAAGAGGAUGCUGACGAAGCAGAAGUUAAAGUUUUAGAAACUUCUCUUGCUCACAAUCCAUAUGAUUACGCGAGUCAUGUAGCCCUUAUCAAUAAAUUACAAAAAAUGGGUGAAUUAGAACGAUUACGCGCUGCUAGAGAAGAUAUGAGUUCAAAAUAUCCCUUAAGCCCUGAUCUCUGGUUGUCUUGGAUGCGCGACGAAAUUAAAUUAGCUACCACCAUAGAACAGAAAACUGAAGUAGUAAAAUUAUGUGAACGAGCAGUAAAAGAUUAUCUUGCUGUAGAAGUAUGGUUAGAAUAUUUGCAAUUUAGUAUUGGUAAUAUGGGUACUGAAAAAGAUGCAGCAAAAAAUGUUAGACAUCUCUUUGAAAGAGCAUUAACAGACGUUGGAUUACAUACUAUUAAAGGUGCAAUAAUAUGGGAAGCAUUUCGAGAGUUUGAAGCUGUGUUAUAUGCUCUGAUUGAUCCUUCAAAUCAAACUGAAAGGAAAGAGCAAUUAGAACGUAUUGGUAAUUUAUUCAAAAGACAAUUAGCUUGUCCCCUUUUAGAUAUGGAAAAAACAUAUGAGGAAUAUGAAGCUUGGCGUCAUGGAGAUGGUACAGAAGCUGUUAUUGAUGAUAAAAUUAUUAUUGGAGGAUACAAUCGAGCUCUUUCAAAACUUAAUCUUCGUUUACCUUAUGAGGAAAAAAUUGUUUCUGCACAAACAGAAAAUGAAUUAUUAGAUUCAUACAAAAUAUAUUUAUCAUAUGAACAACGUAAUGGUGAUCCUGGAAGAAUCACAGUUUUGUAUGAAAGAGCAAUCACUGAUCUUAGUUUGGAAAUGUCAAUUUGGCUUGACUAUCUUAAAUAUUUAGAAGAAAAUAUUAAAAUUGAAUCAGUCUUAGAUCAAGUAUAUCAAAGAGCUUUAAGAAAUGUUCCCUGGUGUGCAAAAAUAUGGCAAAAAUGGAUAAGAUCAUACGAAAAAUGGAACAAAUCGGUAUUAGAAGUUCAAACUUUAUUAGAAAAUGCUUUAGCAGCUGGAUUUUCUACUGCAGAAGAUUAUCGAAAUUUAUGGAUAACUUAUUUGGAAUAUUUACGACGAAAAAUCGAUCGAUAUUCUACAGACGAAGGAAAACAAUUAGAAAUAUUACGUAAUACUUUUAAUAGAGCUUGUGAACAUUUGGCAAAAUCAUUUGGUUUAGAAGGAGAUCCUAAUUGUAUUAUAUUGCAAUAUUGGGCAAGAACUGAAGCUAUACAUGCUAAUAACAUGGAAAAAGCUAGAUCAUUAUGGGCUGAUAUCUUCUCACAAGGACAUUCCGGAACAGCAUCUUAUUGGUUGGAAUAUAUUUCAUUAGAAAGAUGUUAUGGAGAUACAAAACAUUUGAGGAAAUUAUUCCAAAAAGCUUUGACCAUGGUAAAAGAUUGGCCAGAAAGCAUAGCAAAUUCUUGGAUAGAUUUUGAACGAGAUGAAGGAACAUUAGAACAAAUGGAAAUAUGUGAAAUACGAACAAAAGAAAAAUUAGAUAAAGUUGCUGAAGAAAGACAGAAAGUGCAACAAAUGUCCAAUCAUGAAUUAUCGCCAUUACAAAACAAAAAAACUCUUAAAAGAAAACAAGAUGAAACUGGUAAAUGGAAAAAUUUAGGAUCUUCUCCAACAAAAAUUACAAAAGUUGAAACGCAAAUAAAACCAAAAAUUCGAGAAAGUCGUUUAAAUCUCGAAAAAAAUGCUGAUUCUGAAGAACAAAAAUUAAAAACUGCGCCCCCGCCUGGUUUCAAAAUGCCGGAAAAUGAACAAAUGGAGAUAGAUAAUAUGCAUGAAAUGGAUGAUAAAAGUACAGUUUUUAUAAGUAAUUUAGAUUACACAGCAAGUGAAGAAGAAGUUAGAAAUGCUUUACAACCAGCAGGACCAAUUACAAUGUUUAAAAUGAUAAGAGAUUAUAAAGGACGUAGUAAAGGAUACUGUUAUGUACAACUCAGUAACAUUGAAGCAAUUGAUAAAGCUCUGCAAUUGGAUAGAACUCCUAUAAGAGGACGCCCAAUGUUUGUUUCAAAAUGCGAUCCAAAUAGAACACGAGGAUCUGGAUUUAAAUACAGCUGUUCUCUUGAAAAAAACAAGCUUUUUGUUAAAGGACUUCCGGUAUCAACAACGAAGGAAGAGCUUGAAGAAAUUUUCAAGGUUCACGGAGCAUUGAAGGAAGUCCGCAUAGUUACUUACCGUAAUGGCCAUUCUAAAGGGUUGGCUUAUGUCGAAUUUAUGGAUGAGAAUAGUGCCGCGAAGGCACUUUUGGCCACUGAUGGAAUGAAAAUUGCCGACAAAGUAAUUAGUGUAGCCAUAAGCCAACCACCUGAACGCAAGAAAGUUGAAGAACCACUCUUAGUUAAAUCUCUAGGUGGUACUACAGUAAGCAGAACUACAUUUGGUAUGCCCAAAACAUUAUUAUCUAUGGUACCUCGUACUGUCAAAACCGCUGCUACUAAUGGCAGUGCAAAUGUGCCUGGAAAUGGUGUUGCUCCAAAAAUGAGUAAUCAAGAUUUUAGAAAUAUGUUACUGAAUAAAAAGUAAUUUACUACAA